AUGCAGGUCCUCAAGUUCAUUGCCUGUGCUGCGAGCGUCGUUGGUGCUCUCUCUGUUCAGCGUCCUGACUCCUCAGCCAUCGCGCAACGGGACAGCUGCGAUGGAAACACGGCCGAAGAUCGAAGUGUCUGGUGUGGCUACGACUUGAACACGAACUGGUACGACGAAGUUCCCGACACUGGCGUUACCAGAGAAUACUGGCUCGAAGUCACAAACACGACACUUGCCCCUGAUGGAGUCGAACGGGUUGUACUAUCGAUCAAUGGCUCAGUGCCCGGACCGACACUGGAAGGAAAUUGGGGCGAUACCUUUGUGGUCCAUGUCAAGAACAGCUUGACCAACAAUGGCACCGGCAUUCACUUCCAUGGCAUUAGGCAGAACUAUACCAAUCAGGAUGAUGGCGUGCCUUCAAUCACACAAUGUACAACUGCGCCAGGAGAUUCCAUUACAUACACAUGGCGAGCUACUCAAUACGGCACUUCGUGGUAUCAUUCUCACUACUCCUUACAAGCAUGGGAAGGAGUCUUCGGCGGUAUGGUCAUUCAUGGGCCAGCGACGGCGAACUAUGACGAGGAGAUUGGGGUGAUGCUCCUCGCCGAUUGGGACCACGACACAGUGGAUUCGCUGUACAGUUACGCUCAGACUUCUGGCCCACCAACGCUAGAUACUGGACUGAUCAACGGCACAAAUGUCUGGGGUGACUUGGGUUCUCGCUGGGAGACGAGCCUCACAUCUGGAUCGACAUACCUUCUCCGUCUUGUUAACGCCGCCAUUGACACUCACUGGGAUUUCAGCAUCGACAACCACACUCUCAAGGUCAUUGCAGCUGACUUUGUGCCGAUUGUGCCGUACACCACAGAGCGAUUGAGCAUUGGAAUGGGACAGCGUUACGAUGUUAUCAUCACUGCUGAUCAGGGAGAUGUUGCCUCGGACUUCUGGUUACGUGCUGUACCGGACUCUUUCUGCUCUGAUAACGACAACAGUGACGACAUCAAAGGUAUCAUUCAUUAUGAUUCCAGCACAGGCACGCCGCAGACCAGCAGCCAAGUUUAUGAUCAACUCGACUGCUUUGGAGAGAAGUCCAAGAGCCUCGUGCCGUACUUACCGCUCGACGCAUCAACUGCUGCAGCGAUUCAAGAUGACCUCGCUGUCAGUGUCAGCAAGAACGCAGCCAAGCUCUUCAAAUGGUAUAUCGGAGGCACGUCAAUGGACGUAGAGUGGGCCAACCCAUCUGCCCUCCAAAUCUUCAACAACGACACCAACUGGGCUUCCUCUUCCGGUGUCAUCGAGCUACCCGAGGCCAACACCUGGUCUGUCAUCAUCAUCGAAACCAAAAUGGGCGUCGCUCAUCCUAUCCAUCUUCACGGCCACGAUUUUUACCAGCUUGCGCAAGGAACGGGCUCGUACGAAUCUGCUGCGCCUACUUUGCAGACUACGAAUCCUAUCCGACGAGAUGUGACUAUGUUGCCGGCUUCAGGAUAUGUGGUUAUUGCGUUCUACACCGAUAACCCUGGUGCUUGGUUGUGUCAUUGUCAUAUCGGCUGGCAUACCGAAGAAGGUUUUGCUUUACAGUUCAUUGAACGAUACGACGAAAUUGCUGCGCUAUAUGAUGAGGAUAAGUUGAACGAUACUUGCUCGGCGUGGAACGACUAUGUUGGUGUGAGUGGGAUUAUGGAUGAGGGAAGUGGAGUGUAA